AGGAACACCGGCAGGGACCGGGACCGGGACACGGCCGGGAUAGGAACACCGGCAGGGACCGGGUGGGUUUCCUGCUUGAGAGAAUAAUCAGAUUCAGUGAAGUGUGUGUGCAGAGCAGCUCCUGAAGAUAAUUGUUCGUGUCAGCAGAGAGAUUGAACAGGGCAAAACCAUUGCUCAGCUUCUCAUUAAAAAUAAGAUACAAAAGUGCUGUACAAUUGGUGAGCAGUUAAAUUGGUGAGAAGGCAGCUCAGCAUUAAGUUAAAAUUGGCAAACUGGAGUUGUAUGCUGGCAGUACCUGGAAUAGGAAGCUUCAGCAGCUGUGUCUGUCCGUUAUUUGAGAGGCUGAUUAGUCCUGAAUCUUCUUUCCUGUGUUUGUGGUCACGAGAAGUCGUCUCGGUGUGAUGUGUUCGGUGGGAGGUGCUCGCAGGAGAAAGGAAAUGACUUUUCUGUGGUGCCUGUGGUCUGAUGAGAUAAGCACAAGUGCAGAAGGCUGAGACUUGGAUUCUCUUCAAGGUUUCUGGUGAGAUGACGGCACUGGAGAAGGUGGAGGAGCAGCUGGCGGGGCUGCGCAUAGCCAGGCGCUGCGUGCCCAGCGAGGAGCCCGCCUACCUGCUGGACAUCCACACCUCCAGAGCUGCCCAGCCCGGGGGCAGCCGCUUGGUGGCCGUUUCCUGCUCCAAUGAAUCCAUCAGGGUGUACGACAGGGAGACGCUGGGCUUCCUGCGGGAAUACCGCGGCCACGCUGGCGUCCUCAGCGGGGUCAGGUUUGCGCACACGUGCGACAGCGUGGUGUUCUCAGCCUGCAGCCAGGGCACUGUGAAGUGCUGGGAUGUUCGCUCAGCCACGCAGAAGCCCGUGCAGGUGUUCAGUGGUUAUCCUUCCAACGUCUUCAUCAGCUUCGACGUCAGCUGCAGCGACCUCAUCGUUUGUGCCGGAACGGAGAAAGUUGAAAAGGACACAUUUCUGGUGUUUUGGGAUGCAAGAGGCAUUACAGACUGUGCCAGUGCCACUAAAGAGCCCUUGGGAGUCUAUUCUGAAAGUCACAAUGAUGACAUCACCAAAAUCUGUUUUCAUCCUAACAAACCCAAUUUGGUCGUGUCUGGGUCAACCGAUGGCUUGGUGAACGUGUUUGACAUCAACAAGGAUAAUGAAGAUGAUGCUUUGAUAUCAACUUGCAAUUCAGAUUCAUCCGUGAGUUCUCUUGGCUGGUCUGGGAAAGACUACAAACAGGUCUAUUGCAUGACACACGAUGAGGGGUUCUGCUGGUGGGACAUGGCUCAGCUGGACACCGAGGAGCCAAUAACCCUGCUGCACGUUCUGGAUGUCAGAGAGUCAGUCUGCACUGAAAACCACGGCCUGCAUUACCUGGUGGGUGGCUUGUACCACGAAAAGGCAGGGAAACUCUUCCUGAUUGGGGGAACCUCCACAGGAGACAUCCACCUGAUCAGCUGCAGCACUGCUGGCCUGAGCCUGGUGGGGACCCUGUGUGGGGGACACUCGGCCACCGUCCGCUCCUUCUGCUGGAGCCCCACGGAUGAGUCUCUGCUGACGGGUGGAGAGGAUGCUCAGCUGUUGCUAUGGAAACCUGGGGCUGUGGAAAGGUCCCUCACAAAGAAAGCAUCUCUGAAGAUCUCUUCUUCCGUGCAGAAGAGAGUGAGAGUUCACAACACCUCCCUCAAAAGCAGGAAAAAGUGAAUUGCCUUUUCACAAGUGAGAAUCUCUGCUGUGUAGAGCGUUCCUGGUGUUUAAUCUCUCUAGGCAAUACUUGGCCGUGUUUUAUUUGGAGGUUUUCUGUGGAAAGAACUGUGGUGCUUGAAUUCCCCCUGGGAAUGUAUUUCAGUCAUCAGAAGAAUGCCUUUUAUUUUUUUUAAGUUGCUAAUAUUAAUCAGACAAGAGUAAAUGUUUGCUCCUGAGUUCUUGAGCAACAGAUGCUAAGUCAUAUUAUAUAAAACUGUUUCUGUGGUUAUUUAAUGUCUCAGACAAUGUUUUAAAUGCGUAAUACAGGCCUAUGGCUUGCAUAGUUUGUUACCUUCCCAAUGAUAUUCCUCCGGCACAUUUCAAGAGCUUUUGUAUUCCAUGCUGUAUUCUGCUUUCUUCACAGAAAACUUAAUGAAAUUGCUCAAUUUAGUAAAAGAUUUUAUGUCACAUCUUAAUGCCUGAAGGAAUUACUUCUUGAUGAAACAGAAAAUAAGUAGUUUUGCACUGUCACAUCACUGGUUUAGAACAAGCUCAUAAAGAAGCAGCUGAUAGAGCCAUCUUUUUCAUAGCAGAUAUGAAUGUAUUCAACCAAACAGCAGCUAAUUUGUAUGAGUGUGAGAACUGUUCAACUGGCAUUAUUUCCUGCAUGAAAAUAUCCAAGAAUUUUGCAAGCAGCUUCAUUCUCUCCUCCUAAGUGCACCUGGAAGACUGGGUAGAUCUUUGGUGGGUUGGAGAAAUUGAUGGGUGUAAUUACACCAGUGGUGUUUAAAAUCCCAAACACUGAUUUGAAAGAAACUGGUGUCACAUGCUCAGUGGGGAUGUUGAAACCCAAAAAUGAACACUGCCUUAUGGAGGAACAGACUGAUAUGAGGAGACUUUACCAAAACCUUGUAGAGGUUGGCUGGGUCCUUUAAGAAAAGUUUCUCUCUGCAGAGAGGUUUAUGUUUGGACAUCUCCCCAGGAGAGCUUUGUUUUAUUAUUCCACCAGAUAGCCAUUGAGUGCAAAACCAGCCCUGUACUUGUAAAAUGGCUGAGACUUCAUGCUUCUUCUGCUUUGCUGGCAGACUCCAACCUGUGCUCCUGGCUCUGCACACACUCACCUCCAGCCUUCCCAGGAGCACUGCAGGCAAAUGGUGAUGGUAUUUAGGCUGUAGUUACACAUGUGCACUACAACUGAAACCAGCACCACAGUAUAUUUAAGAAUUGCUCUCUUAUAGAUUAGCUGGCAGAGGAUUUAAGAGGGAUUUGGUUUAUUUUUUUUCCCUUGAGGGUGGAUGGGCAAUUCUUUCAGAACAACUCCUGAACAUCAGGUUUAGAAGAUUAUCCUGGAGUUUAGAAACAGUUUCUGAGGUACAGAACAUACUCUAGUGUGUGGUUACAGCUGUGCUGAAGAUGCCUGAAUCAUCUCUGGAAUUGAAUCCUUUUCAACCACAAGUAUUGAGUUUCCACAUGACUUUUCACAAACUGUUAAUACCCUUUAGCCACAACUGUGAAUCCAUUGUUGGUUUGGGUUUGCCUGUUGGUGAUAAGUGAGAUGAUUCACUUGGUUUUGUUACUGCUGAUUAUUUAAAAGUGCAGCUUCAAUUUGAAAAUCACAGCUCUCUACACCUUUUUUUUGUCACUUGUGUUAAAUUAAUGUUGUCCCCAACAUCUUUAUCUGUUGCUUCCCAGAUUACAUUGUGCUAUUUUGAGAUGAGGUGGGCAGUGAGCGUCAGGGCUGUCUUGCACCUGGAUCAUGUGCCCUCUCAAGAUUUGUUAUCCCAGGUCACUGUUUUGUUGCCUGUUUUGUGACUGAGAGGACCAAGAGCUUCAGACUCUGACUUCACUGUAAAGCCCUCAUGGACCUGACUUGGUUCAGUGCCAAAUUGGGGGUGGGGGACUGAAGGGUGAUUCUGAGACCUAUUUCAUUGCAGGUACCCAGUGUAUAACUUGCUUUUUAGAUGUUUAUCCACUCUUUCCCUGGUAUCUUGACACAUUCAUUGGAGUAAAGUCAUUGGGUCUGUCUCAUGCUUGAUUUCUUGAAGACAGGUUUGUGUGCACGUAGAGAAAUGCACAGAGAGGGAGCUUGUGCUUGCCCCACUUGCUUUCAAGUGUCUGCUGAGUGAAAUUCCAGUGUGCUGUGCCAGCUGCCUCUGAAUUAAAGCAGCAGAGGUGGGAGUUCUGGGACUGAAGAGUUUGCAGUAUGCAACGUGUGCCUGUUGUCUUGUUUCUGGAUUAGGUGGAUAUUGAUUUGUUCUGUAUCAGUCACAGCUGAAGCCAUUAUUUUCUCUGGGAAGCUGAUUUCUCCCUUUUACGUGCAUAACAGAAAUAGCAGCAGAAGGGGAAAAAAAUGUGUGUCUGUAUCUUGAAAUUCUGCAAAGGCACAGCAGCUGUCACGAGACUGAGGCUUGUGUUGCCUCUGAAAAUACUCAGUUUUGUUGUUCCUCUUUUUCUUUUGUGUUGACUUUAUUUCAGGUUAAUACCCACAAAAUAAACAUAGAUGGAAACCACAUGUGAACAAGUAAUUAGCACUGCUUGCUUGUAGGCUGCAGACACUAUUUCAUAGAAAGAGCACAGGCAAAAUCCAUGUGUGAUGACAUAAAUAAUAAUAGACUCAAAAUCAGGUUAACUUGUCCAACAGUAUUUAAUCUCUUGGGUUAAUUUUGACAUCUCCAAGUUGGCUUCAGCAUUGGUAAGAAACUGUGAAUCAUGGAAUCACAGAAUGGUUUGGGUUGGAAGGGACCUUUAAAGGCUAUUUAGUCCAACCCCCCUCCAAGGAGAAGGGACAUCUUCAAUUCAACCAGGUUGCUCACAGCUCCAUCCAACCUGAGCUUGAAUGUUUCCAGGUUUGGGGCAUCUACCACCUCUCUGGGCAACCUGUGCCAGUGUUUUACCACCCUAAUUGAAAAAAAGUCUUCCUUAUGUAUAACCUAAAUGUACCCUCUCAGUUCAAAACCUUUACCCCUUGUCCCAUCCCAGCAGGGUCUGCUAAAACAUUUGUCCAUGGGCUCCCUUCAGGUGUGGAAGGACUUCAAUAAGGUCUGUCCAGAGCCUUCUCUUCUCCAGGCUGCCUCAGCCUGUGUUCACAGCAGAGGUGCUCCAACCCUCUGAGCACCUCUGUGGCCUCUUUUGAGCCAUCUCUCCUGUGCUGGGGGUCCCAGAGCUGGAUGCAGCACUGCAGGUGGGCUCUCCCUGGCCCUGCUGCCCGCGCUGCUGGGGCUGCAGCCCAGGAUGGGAUUGGCUUUCUGGGCUGCAGGCACACACUGCCAGCUCCUGGCCAGCCUCGCCAGCAGCAGCUGGAGUCCUUCUUGGCAGGGCUGAUCCCUUCAUCCCCAGGGAUCCGAGGGCUGCCCUGACCCAGGUGCAGCACCAGCACUUGGUCUUGUUUGGCCUCAUGACAUUCCUGUGGUCCCACUUCCUGAGCUUGUGCAGGUCCCUCUGGAUGGCAUCUCAUCCUUCAGGAGUGUCAGCAGCCCCUCUGGGCUUGGUGCCAUUUGCUGAGGCUGCACUGGAUCCCACUGUGUGUGCCAUUAAUUAAACAGUGCUGGUCCCAGUAGAGACCCCUGGCCUCUGUCUGGACAUGGAGCUGGUGACCAUUACCCUCUGGGUGUGACCACCCAACCUUCCUCAUCCACCCAACAGCCCAUCAUCAAAUCCAUCUCUCUCCAGUUCAGGAGGAGGCAGGAGGGGACUGUGUCAAAGGCCUUGCAGGAGUCCAGCCCUGACCUUUACAAACCUUACGUCAUUAAAGCUAUGUGCAAGUAGCUUUUGGAAAUCAUCACUGUGUGAAUUGUUUAACCCCAGGGGAAGCUUUCAUUCCGGAAGCAGUAUCAGAUUUGUUCCAGUAAAUGAAAAGCAGAAAUCCAGAUAGACUACUUAAAUGCAAAAAACAGUGUCCAUUUUUAUUCAGAGUUUAUAGUAAACCUGCUGUAUGAUAUAUCUGAGCAGCAGAUCAUCCUGCUGUAAACAUAUGAAAAUUAACUUACUUGCAUUUGGCAUGUCCUGAAAUGUACUCUUUGUUUCUCUCUCUUGUCUCUGUAAUUAAAGUGCAGUACUUGCAUGCUCAUCACUGUUUUUCAAGUAAAAGAUGUUCAGGAUGACAUCCUGCAGUCUGUGGAUAACUUCAUCAAUUACUCGAGUGUAGGAUUUUACCCACACUUUGGAGUUGAGGUGGAAAUUUUUUGACAAAUCUAAAGGUGUAAAUUCAUUUCUGGGUGGAAUAUAUUUAGCCAGUUGCCAGCCAGAAGCUAUCCUGUGGUCAGAUUGUAUAUGGCACAUGUCAUGUGUAUUCAAACUGCAUAUCUACACUCAAAUAUCCCUUAGCAGAGAAGCUGAUACAGUAAAACAUUAGUAAAGACACAAACUGCAAGCUUUACAGGGUUCCAAGUGACAGCUUUCUCCUGGCUCCUGCUGUGCUGUGGCUCUCUAGGCCAGAGUGUUGUGUGAAGCAGUGCAUUUUGUCAUGGGAAGUGCU